UAUACUAGUCCCCUCGCUUCGGUCUGGCCCUCUGGAGGUGAGGUGCUUCUUUUCGCCUUCUACUCCUGCCCCGGGGCUGCCCCGAGAAUUGGGUGGAAGAUGGCCAUGGAUGUCACCUUCCUGGGAACGGGCUCUGCAUACCCAUCACCUACCAGGGGAGCUUCUGCUGUAGUUCUCCGAUAUGAAGGUGGCUGCUGGCUCUUUGACUGUGGGGAAGGGACGCAAACACAGUUCAUGAAAAGCCAACUGAAAGCAGGGAGAAUUACAAAGAUUUUCAUAACUCAUCUUCAUGGGGAUCACUUCUUUGGUCUUCCUGGACUUCUUUGUACUAUCAGUCUCCAGAGCAGUCCCACUGCUUCCAAAACACCUAUGGAAAUCUAUGGGCCUGUGGGCCUUCGGAACUUCAUCUGGAGGACUAUGGAGCUCUCCCACUCAGAGUUGACCUUCCCCUAUGUGGUCCAUGAGUUGGUGCCCACAGAAGAUCAGUGCCCUGCUGGAGAAUUAAAAGACUUUUCUUACCUAGAUGGAGCUGACAGCCCUCCCAAAGAGAUACAAGGGAGAACAAUCCUCCUGGACUCAGUUGAAGGCUCUUAUAUUCUGGUCAAUGAUGAGCAGUUUCUUGUAAAAGCAUUUCGCCUCUUCCAUCGAAUUCCAUCCUUUGGUUUUUCAGUGGCAGAAAAAGAACGUCCAGGGAGACUCAAUGCACAGAAGCUAAAAGACCUUGGUGUCCCGCCAGGUCCUGCCUAUGGGAAACUGAAAAAUGGAGUUACUGUCGUUUUGGAAAAUGGAGUUAAAGUUUCUCCCCAGGAUGUCUUAGAAAAGCCUGUUCCUGGAAGAAAAAUAUGCAUUUUGGGCGACUGCUCUGGGGUUGUAGGUGAUGGAGGAUUGAAACUGUGCUUUGAGGCAGAUCUUUUGAUUCAUGAAGCCACCCUAGAUGAUGCACACAUGGACAAAGCCAAAGAAUAUGGUCAUAGCACCCCACGUAUGGCGGCGGAAUUUGCCAAGUUAUGCAAAGUCAAGAGACUGGUUCUAACUCACUUCAGUCAGAGGUAUAAACCACUUCUCUUGUCUGGAGAGGGAGAAACAGAUGAUAUUAGAGAAUUAAAAAAGCAAGCAGAAUCGGUGUUGGAUUUCCAAGAAGUGACUCUAGCAGAGGAUUUUAUGGUGAUUGACAUUCCAAAGAAAAAAACCAUCAGCAUUACCUGAGCAUGUUUUUGUGUGCCAAUUUGUAAUGGAGCCUACUCUCCAGAUUUCUGUCUGAAAUUAUUUUGGGUCCAAUAAUCCCAGGAGGGGUGGGGCUGCAUUGCUGAAUUGACCUGUGUGGCCUUAAUGGUAUUGCUCAGAGUGGCUCUUAACACCAGCAACCUUCUUAAAAGUCCCAGUUUGAUUAAAUGAUAACCUGAUUAGAUAAAUACUUAAUGUAGUUUAACUGUUUUCUUUGAAUAUGAUCCCGUACUUUCCCCUUACCAGCUGUGUUUAUUCAGUCAUUUCCGAAACGCAGAGAAAACUGUUUUCUUUUUCUUUCAUUCUUCAAUUAAUUUUUAAAAAUUAAUAGCUUUUUAUUUUCAAAAUAUAUGCAAAGAUAGGAAAAUUCUGUUUUCAGCUAACCAUGGAUUAAGCAGAAAAAGAGAGGAGGUAUGAGGACAAUUUUAAAAGCAUUUAAGGCUGAAUAUAAAAAUUAAAAAAUGCUAUAUUUUAGUUGAAAUGUUUUUAGCGCAAGGUUGGGAUAAUUAUCUCUCAUUUAACUUGGUUACAAUUUAAAUCCAUAUCUGGACUAUACUCAAAACUGCUAACUUGUAUGGUUUUAGAAUUAAUAUCUGGAUCAAUCUCUAUAAUAAAUAAAGCAUAAGAGACUAUACAAAUUCUUUGUUUAGACUGGCAUACUUCAUGUAAUCAAAUAUUACUUGAAAUAAAUGGGUUGCAGUGUGCAUUAAAACAUUUGUGGUGUUCAUUGCAAGAAACUAGAAAUAAAGUAGAUGCAUUUCCGUUGGGAAAUCAUUAUAUAAAUUAUGGCAUAUGAAUAUAAUAUAAUAUUUCUGCAAUGUAAUAAAAAGUAACUAUAAGGAAGUCUGCAAAAACUUAAUCUGAAUUUAUGUAAAGUAAGCAGAACCAGGUACCUGAUCUUUAUAGUGACUACAACAAUGUAAAUAGAAAAAACAGAAAUGAAAUUAUGUGUCAUUGUAAUGUUCAAGCUAAAGAAGAAAGAAAUUGUAUCUCUCUCUUUUUAAGUACAUCCCCUAAAACUAGAUUUAUCAAUGUGUUAAAACUGUGUUAUCAGUUUUGUUAUCUAAUAGCAUUGGGAGGCAACAAAAAUCUGCUUCCCUUUCAAUCACUGUUUUUUUGGCCCUGUAUUCCUUUUUGCAAUGCAUUAUCUAAUAGACCUUUUAAAAAUAUGGAAUUUGAACACUACUUUUCUGCUGCAGAUUAUAUAACAAAAAAAAGUUCCACAAGAAAUUUCAUGCUAAUGUGUAACUUAGAUUGACCUAUAAGUUUCUUUAGUAUAUUAAUUGUAAAUAUUUAUUUAAAUAUAUAUUUUAUACAGGAGUCUCUAAUAUUCUGGUGAAUAGGUUUUAGAGAGUCCCAAAGAAAAUUCAAAGAUAAAAAAUUUUUAAAAAGGAGGCAACCAUAUGAUCCUCCCCAUGAGUUAUGACCAACUUUUCUCUGGCUCUUCUGUAUUUAUGGCCUUUUGGGGAGGUGAAAGGGGUGGGCAGAGGAAUUUUCUAUCACCAGGCUAUAUGCAUCUUCCACACAGUUAUCCAAGUUACUGAUGAGGUUACUCUCCUCAGUUAAUUCCAGACUCCUGCUUGCCUUAAGGCUCAAAUAUAAACUCUUUUCUGUUGGGCAUCGAAAGCCAUUCAUAACUUGGCGCCAACAUAUCUUUCCAACCUUUUUACAUUUUAUUCUCCUUCAUGUCUGCUGUACCUCAUCUGUGACCCUUGAAAUGCUGUUUCUGUGUCCUCCUUUCCUGGAAUGCACUCCUUCCUUCCCUGUGUUUCUUAGAAGUACCAAUUUCCUUUAAGAUUUAGCUCUUAAUGCUACCUUCCACACAAAAACUUUCCUGAUACUAUCUACCCCAGCUCCUUGUUUUUUCUUAAAAUCAACUGUUUUGUAUAUUGGAAAUAUGUGUGGUUUCUCCAAAAUAGAUUUUAAGCUCUUUGAGAGUAAGGACUGUGAGUUUUUGAUUUUGUAACCUAGAACCAGAGUUCUUAAUCUGGGGUCUGUAAACUUGUUUUUGUGUAUAUGUGUUUUGAUAACUGUAAUUCAAUAUUUUGAAUUGUUUUAUUUUUUAAUGUAUUUUAUGCAUUUAAAAAAAAUUGUCUGUGAUACAAGCCCAGAACAUAAUUGUUUAAUAAAUGUUUGUUGAUCGAG